AUGUUUUUGAAAGUAUUAUAUUUCGUGGUUUUUUUCAGUUACUUGGUAAACUUGAGGUCAGAUGCAUUUUUAAGAAAUGAUUUAACUGACAGUUAUAUUCAAGAAUACUUGGACAAGAUAUAUUUGGAGAAAGACUUAAUUUACUUCGAGGAUAGUUUGAGUCCUACGGAGAAACCUGAUACCUCAAUUAAAAGUAGUUUAGCAAGUAAUAUGUUGAAUGUACAUAAAAAUCAAAUUUUGAAUAGUCUGGGAGGAACAGAAAGACUUAUUGAGUUAAUAAAAUUAUUAGAAAGCGAUGCACAGGAAGAAGAGGAGGAGUCCAUAGAUGAGGGUAUUGAACUAAAAGAUUACUUUGAUAAAAUAAUAUUGAGUUCAAAUUUGGAUAAUAACUACUAUCACUAUUUAACUGAGAUUGAUGGGGGAAAAUUCGGGAAUUUUGAUGGAUUUGGAACCAAUAGGUUAAAAAUUAGCUUUUCAGAGGUUAACAAAAAUAAGUUUUCAAACAGAAUGAAUAAAGGAGUAAAGGAAUACAAAUUUAAAUCCAAGUUGGAUCCAGUUAUUGACAAAGAACAUAAAUUGGGAGAAUUUGAUCAUAAAGAAAAAAAUAGGUACAUAAAAGAAGGUUUCUUAGCAUAUUCUUCAGGAUAUUAUUUGGUAAAAAGGAAGAAUCUCAAAGAAAAUGAAGUUGACAAAUAUAAUUAUUCUAUUAAAAUUGAGUCUCCAAUGGAACUUAUUGAUUUUAACGAACUAGUUUUAUUGGAUGAGAUAAAGCUUUUAUAUAAAAAGAAAGUUCAUUUUAAGCAUAAUAAUGGCGACCAAAAUACUUUUAAAGAAGAUUCUAAUCACAAGAAAGUCAAUCAAAAGACUCAGAAUGGAUUUGGGGUAUUUUAUAGUGGUGAUGAGAAUUAUGGAGAAGAGGAUGAUUACGAAGAAUUGGAGGAUUAUGAACUUGAGGAAGAGUAUCAAAGAGUAAAAAUAGCAAAGAACUUUUUAACAAGGGGAUAUCCUGUUUGUGAAUUAAAAUGUGUUGUCAGGGAUUUACAAAACAAGGUACAGUGGACUGAAAAAAUUGGAAAAUUUAUAGUUGAGAAUAAAGUGAAUAAUAAAGAACAAUCAGAGAUAAAUAUUAUAAAUGGUAACAAUUGGUGUGACAGAUUGAUCUUUCACAAUUGUAUAGGGUUUGAGUUGGAGUCAGUGAAGAUAAGCAUUAUGAAUGAAAAAUUGCUGGAAAAAGUACACUUUGUUGAAAAUGUAUUAGGCCCUCAAAUAAACAAUCAAAUUGAAAAAUAUUUUAAUAAUUUAUUUAAAGAUUUACCAAGUAAAGUUCUUAAACCCAAACAAAUUGGUAAAAUGAUAAUACUAAAUGAGUUUUUGGAGUCUAAUGGAUUUAUUAUAUCCAGAAAUAAACAAAAAAAGAAUGAAUUAUUGAUGAGAUACGAAAAGAUUUCAAAGUUCUCUUGGAAUUUAAUAAGCUUAAAUCAAAUUCUCAGAAAUGUAAAACAUAAGCUCAAGAUUAAUCAUUUGAACAAAGGUUUUACAGUACUGAAUUCAUCAUCUGGAUUGUUAAUAAAAAAAGAUGAUCCAUUAGUUAAUGUAAUAAAACCAAUUAUCAAGCAAAAGUUUGUACUCGAUAUUGAACAAGUCUUGAUAUUUAUACAGAAUAUAUUAUUUCUACUAAAAUAUGAAAAUUCCAAUAAUAAAAUUUUUCUUCCAUGGUAUAAUAAAUUAACUAAAAAUGUUUUUACUAAGCAAAAUAAUUUCAUUAAUUCCUUAUUUUCUGAGUAUAAUACUCUAGUCAAACUUUUUGGCCAACAAAAGUUCUAUAGCAAAGACAGAUUCUACAGGUUUCAUACUUUUAAUAUUUAUUCUUUAAUUUCACAUUAUAAAUCAUACGAAAAUAAUAACCAUAAGAAUAAAUUUGGAAAAACUAUUUAUUCAUCUGAAAUUCGAGUUUUUGUGAUUAAUACAACUCUUACAUACUAUGACCAAAUAAAGAUUAAUAACAUCUUUAGAAAAAAAAGUACUCAUUCAAUGAAUAAUUCAGACAUCCCCAUAAAUAUCAAUGAUAUUGAUAUUGAAAACUUCAAAUACUUAAAAGAGUAUUUCUCUCCAUUAAAAAAUGAGAUUGAACAAGAUGAAUGGGAAGGAGGAGAAUUUGACGAGGAUUAUGACGUGUAUGAAAACUACUUUAGAAAUAUUCAAUCAAGAAAAACUAAUACUGGUGAUUAUGUAAUAGAAACCCCAAAACUAAUUAAAAAAUCAGUGGGAAUUAAGGGAAAUAUAGAAUUCAACCCAAAUCAUUUAGUUUUCCAAAAUAACUUGAGUAAUUUUGGUUUCAAUAUUGCAUUUAUUAAUUACAUUUAUCAAAAUUCUUUGAAUUUGGAUGAUUCUGUAAUCACAAGUCCUCCUUGGUGGAUGGUUUGGCAGUCCCAGUUCUAUCCAAGAAUAUCUAUUAUAGACAGUAAUAAAGAGCAAGAUCUUAAUCUUAUGGAGAAUCCUGACGAGUUCUCAAGAGAAAUGAAUUCAACUUGGUUGGAACUUCCAGUAAAUUCUGAGAACCCAAACUCUUUUCUUGAUCUGGGGUCUUUUAUACCUAAAGAAAUUAUAUCAAAAGAAAUUCUAGAAUCUGUUAUUUUAGAAAAGAUUGAGCUUGUAAACCCUGCCGGUAUAAAGAAAGGAGAUUUAAAUUAUAGUAAAAAUAAGGAUAAUAUGUGGGAAAUAAUUAAAGAAAAACAACAAUUUUAUAUAAGUAAAUGGAAGAAAUUUGAUUUAAUUAAUGAUCCAAGUAAUUUGUUCUUUUAUAACCUCUUUAGUAAGAAACAGACCCUUUCAGCAAACUCAAAUUUUAAUUCCACCAAAUUUUAUUUUAAUCCAUGCAUUAUUAAUAUAUUUAGUGAAAGCAAUAAUUCUGAAUGGCUUACAAAUUGUAAUGCCAAGUGGAAAAUAUACUCAUUCUUGUUUGAAGAAUUUAUUUCUACAAUUAAUCACUACUUAAACAUUUCAACAUUUUUUGAUUUACUCAAUGAAAUAAAAAUUCUACUUGUAGUUCAAAGUCAAAUUGGGUAA